AAGACGAACGAUACGUAAGUUCUGUAAUUCACGGACAGCUAUUCGCAUAUUGUUUUGACGGCUGAAACAACUAUUGCACAUGUUACAAAGUAGUUUUUUAUUCGACACACAUUCGAUAGAUUCUAAUAUUAUCUCAUUAUUAAUUAAUUGACAAUUAAAAGGAAAAACGGUAUCGAAUAUGCAGUUUAAAAUUUUGUGCCUCGUUGUCUGUUUUCUCGUAGUGAAAGUGUAUGGACAUACCAUGAUAUAUAAAGUCAAUGACAAACACAAUCUCGAGCCAGACUUCGUCCCAGUUUCUUCGACAGUUAUACCCCUCCCAAUAUAUCAAGUGGGAUAUGGAAUAAAUGUAGCCCCCAGUAAUAGAGGUAGUCAAAGGACAUACACCAAACCAGAAGGACCAGUUACGCUGUUAACAGUUAAAAGCAAAAAUAAGAAACCACUCCCUGUUGAGAAAGAAAAGAAUGACCCUCAUCCUUCCAAACAGAAAGAACUGCCUAAUGAUACAGAACGAUAAGAAAUGGAUGAAGCAUUACGUAUGGUACACACAUCCUACGUGUUGAAUGGAAACAACUUAUUCUAACAACAAAAAAAAAUAUUUCAAAUCUCGAUCAACUUGUCAGUUAAUACGGAAUGCAAAGGAAAGUAAAUAUACUUAUUCGUUACUAACAAUAAUUGUUAAGCAAGAGUAGUUACCAAUCACUUAUUAACAUUAUAAAUAGUAAAUGUUGUUGACUUUUAUUGAAAAUAAGCAUAAAAUUAAAAUAACAUUAUCCUAUUUUGCAUAUCAUUGCUUAAUACAAAUAAACUGUUGCAUAUAUAUGCCUAUAAACUUUUAAUU